AUGUCUGGUGUGUUAGGUUCGCCAGGUCAGCUUAUUACCAGCUUAGAUGAAGACGGACUUCAAGAGUUGUACACUUGGAUUGACGAAAUCAAUUUAUCUCGACCGAAGCGUAACAUUUGGAGAGAUUUCAGCGAUGGAGGUAAUGUUAUCGACAGGAUCUUGUAAAAAUAUAUUAAGAUUACCAAGGAUUGAUAAAAUCGAGAGCUGAUGACCAGAAUAUGAACAUUAAAUUUGCUGGCUACCAACAGAAGUUCAGCUUAUGAAAUACGUAUCAAAUCAAAUCUCAAUCAAAAACUUGUGAAUAAAUUGUCUUUGCAUUUUUUAAAGGUUAUUAGGGAGGUAAAAUAAAUGUAUAUGUUUAAUUUUAUGUAUGAAAGUGACCAUGAUCUUGUCGUAGAACAUUCGUUGGCCUAAACUUAUAGUUCUGAGAUUAACUUAGUAUAACUACUAGCUAGCUAGGUAGGUACAAGCAUGCAUUUUAAUCAAGUGCACAAUUUAUUGCUUUCCCAACAAAACGACAGAUACAUACCUUGCACACUAUUAAGUUAACGCUCCUCUUUGGGGAGGCAUUAAACAAAAUUGUUUGUACAAAGCUUUAGCACCAAGUUUCAAGUAAUAUAUCAAACAUGAGAUGCAGUGUUUCAUCUGGUGAUGAAACACUGUGUCGAAUGUUUGAUAUUUCUUCUCAAACAAAAUCAUUUUUGAAGGAGAAAUUAAGGAUGCAAAAAUGAGCAGUUUUUCAUCAGAUAUCCAAACACUCAUUAAACAUUAAUUUCCUUUGAAUUUUCUUUAUGAAUUAUUAAUGAGUUUGAGAAGAUCAUCUCAAUCUAUGACUUUGCUUUGAAGCUAUUACAUGCACAUGCUUUUUGCAUUUUCUUUAAUAGCAAUUGCCCAAACUGUUAUGUUAUAAUGCAUUGCCUCGUGUAUAUUUUUGAAAAUAAUUUUGUUUUUUCAGUCCUAGUUGCAGAAAUUGUGGCUCAUUUCCUCCCCAAGAUGGUGGAAAUUCAUAACUAUUCAUCCGCAAGUUCACAGGCUCAGAAAUUAACAAACUGGGACACACUGAACCGUAAGUUCCCAUUGGCAUGAUUGUGCUUCCUGUGAUUAUUGCAUGUGUUUACAGUUUCCAUAGAAACUGUACACUAUGCAGUCAUGCCAUGACCAUAAUUUCCCUGAGUAAGAAAAGCGAUAAUUCUGAAGGCCAGAUAUAAAACAUAGUAUGAUUCAGUUUGCAAACAAAGGGAGUCUAUUUUGCUCUAGUCGUUGCUUGUUAUUUUAUUAAUUUAUUUUUUGCAAGUCAAAAGUAAGAAUGAAUUUUGCAAAUAAGGGGUAAUAAUUGUGGGCAGCGUGGUGCUACGUAACAUGAGGGUCAAGUGUGAUCUGUUGAAUCAAAAAAAUCUUUUCCCUGAUGCAAGAAGUCACGCUUCAUUUUCUCUUUGACGCUAGUCAACAGCAUGCUAUAUAAUGACAGAUAAAUGAGCAUCACUUUGUGCAUCAGAAUUUUUUUUCUUCCAUGCAAGAAGUCACACUUUAUUUUCUUCGACAAAACAGGGUAUGUUUCAUAGCCAGCCAACUAAACCACAAGUGCACAACAGACUGUAUGACAACAACUGUUAACACAUGUUCUCUCUAGAGAGCCAUUUUUUUGUACUUGAGGACAAGUUUCUGGGAAACUGCUCACCUACCCCUCCCCUAAGCCAACAUUUUGCCCUAUGUGAGAAGUAAGUGUUAAUGUUGGCUUAGGGGAGGGGUCGGUGGAUAGUUUCCCAGAAACAUUUAAUGAUCCGUAAUUUUCUAUGCUAACCAUCCCAAUGGGCAAGGGCCAGGUAAGUCAUCUUCUAACUGCAAAGUAGACAAACGCAAGAUAAGAUACCAUGGCCCUGGGCAAGGGUUGAAAUGAUAAUCAUCUUGUAUCUAAGAUUUCAGGCCUUUUUUUCUCAAAACUGGCCAAAUGUUUGCUUUUACCUUUCAUCCAUUGUAGCUUUCCCAAAGACCUUUUAUCAAUUUUUACAUACAUGGUUUUCAAGAAAAACAAGGCUGUAAUAUUAAGUCAAGUCAACUUCAUUUGUUACUAACAGAAACAAAAGCCAGAGACAUAUUCGAGAUAAUAUUAUGCUUUUGCGUUUAAGUACAGGCCCGGGUUAUUCAAACUUUGGAUAGCACUAUAGAUUUUUAUUCGUUGGAUGGCGCUAUCCAACGUGUGAACAAGUGAGGCCAGGUGAUUAUUUUCUUCUUCUGCGCUGUUUGCUUUCAGGAAAGGUUUUCUCAAAACUUAGCUAUACUGUGCCAAAGUCAACUGUUAAGGAUGUCGCUGAAUGUAAACCUGGGGUGAUUGAAGUUGUGUUAGCCAAUCUUAGAAUGAAAGUGAGUUAUUUUCUUCUUUUCUCUUUUGGCAUCAUUAGACAAUGUAUGUCCCCACUCCCUAAUUGUAGACUGUACUGAGCCAUUUUCUUGUCUGCUUCAAAGAAGCUAUAUAGCAGCAAGCAAAUUACCCACCGUUAUAUUGCAAUUUUAAUGUGUAAAAACUUAGCUUAUGUAGCAGGUGCUUGGAAGUAAUGGGCGCAGGAAAGAACAGGGUGCGUGAGGAGACUUUAAAGAGGUCCUCUCUUUAGAGCAUUGGUAUUACCGUAUCUAAAAGGUUAACAUGAGGUUUCAUGCUGGUGAAGUUGUUUGGCAAGUCAACCCUUGGAAUUCCCAAUUUCCAUGGUAGACGGGGACAAGCAAAGACAUUUGUACAGAAAUAUUGCCCUGGAGGUGGGAACAUUUACUCACUUUCUCUAGCAUAUUUUUCCAAGUUCCCGCUUAGGCGCGGGUUGAGGGGAUGGGGGGAUUACAUUGACUGGUACAUUACUAUUUGUCAUUAUUGCUUCUCUUUUUUGCCUUUGUCAGAUUGAAAAGUUUAUGGCGAAGAAGAAGGCUGAUAGUUUACGAAAGCAACAACAAGUUUAUGAUGAGUUUUCCCCCAAUGGGCCAAUCACUGAUCAUGAACCAUAUAUGUAUGAUGAUGGACAACCUUAUCUUGGUAAUUAAUAAUUAAUUAUUAAGUUAUGGGAAAAGUUACCUCUUAAUAUUACAAAGCAACACUUCUUUGCACCUGCAAGCACUUGAAGGUUUACUAAAAUUAUUUUUAUGCAAGUUGUGAUCCAUUCCUGUUCUCCAUUCUUCAUCUAGGUCACCCCAAAGUUCUUAACCUCUAGGCCCAGUGCUAACUGUGGUUUACCUGAACCCAGCUUUGAACAAUCCUGCCCUGAUCUGAACGCCAAUAGCUUGGAAUUACAUCGGCUGAUUCGCCUAAAAUAGGUCCCAAAAUGAGGGAGUGACAUUUCAGAGAACUUAGCCUCUACAUGUGAAACUUUCCGUGGGAAGGUGGGGCCUUGACCCUCGCCAUGCCAUGCCUUGACCUGUGCCCAAUGGGUAAAGGUCUUGGCAAGUCAUCCUCAAACAAAAUCAUAUGUAAAAAAGGCAAGAAGUGGCCAAAAUAUGAGAGCCGCUUGCCAAAAGGACAAGCUAGAAUUCAAGUUUUUUUCAAGCCCUUUAAAUAAUUAACAACUGGUAUUUUGGUAUCUGGAUUUUACUGAUCACGACUUCGACUGUAUGUACUCCAACUCAUAUUAGAGAUGGUGUUUGCUUUUUUUUUCAGGGCCAGAGAACAACUAUGGUUAUGCAUUUAAUACUGGUUAUGGGCAGCAACCAAUUGCCACAAAUGAUGUAAGUACAGUCAAUCAAAAAUUUUAAAAGUUUCAAACAUUUUGUUACUUUUGGUGUUAUAAAACACCCUAAUGUGAGAGGUACACUGUACAUUAAAAACUCAAAAGAGGAGAAGAGCCUGCUAAGAACAGUAUAAAUAAUUGAAGUUUAGGUGCAAAUAAAAGUUGCCUCAGUUGUUUAGAGUUCUAAUAGAAGUUUAAUUUACAAUUAUUUUCUGCAUUCAUUUUGGGACUUUGAGUACUGGUCGCUUUCGCCCGCUACUUUUUCUGGUAAAAGUAAGUUGCAGUUGCUUUCAAAGAUGUCCACAGACCUUUCAUUUCCUCCUUUCCCCAGCCCCACUUCCUUGCGCUUGAGGUCAAUAAAUCCCCCGCGGUUUUUGUUUUUAUAAACGCGCGCGACAAUCUGUUAAGAGAAAAAAGAGGGUCUUUGAACAGACUAUGGCCGCUUAAUCGCAGCCGUUCUUGUCUUGUCACGCAACGCGCCUUCCCAACAGAUGGCUGCUCACAUUCGAACCGCAUUCCUUUCCCGAUUUGAGCCAAUCACAGCUAUUGCUCCUUCUUCUGGAACUGUUUCGCGCCAAACUAUCCUAUCACACGCCGUCUGAUUAUAGCCUGUAUUCUAUCGUAUCGUCUGUGAUGUCAAGUUGUCUCCUAGUAAGCCGUUAAUUUUUCUCGUCACAUACAUAACUUUUUGUUUUGAAUAAAAGAGUCUUGAAAUUGCUACGAUUCGACUACCUAUCAUUGCAGGGUGAGAAUUGAAUUUGGCGUCAACUUUUAAGUUGACGCGGUGUUUGUGCUUUCAUACAUAUGUAUUUGCAAUUCCAAUGGUUUGUUUUUGAGAAACACGUAUGCUUUAACACUCUGUUCUUUCAGCAGGUGAUGGGUCCACAUGGAGCAGUGCCGUACCCGGCACGUCCUCCAGACAAGCAAGGUGGCGACAGUCCCCGAGGUGGGGCUAAUGCUCGGUUUAAGAACAGAGAUGGAAGGGCUGCAGCCAUUCCUGGACCCCUGGGUGAAAAAACAAAACUUGCUCCCGUUAAUCAAGGAAAAGGGUGAGUUUGUUGUACAGGGGAGAAAGACAGGGAAACCACGGGAACCGGGGAAAAAGAAAAACAGGGAAACAAAGGGCAGCGAAAUUGUGCUUUCGUUUAUUAACUCUUAAUGCAAAAUUUUUUAACGGAGGAAAUUAAUCAGCUUUCGAAUACGUGUAGGGAACAUGUCAUUUGACGUUCGGCGUAAAGGUCACGUGGGUGCGCAUGCUCGAUAGAAAAGCAAACGGUCGCUCGCAGUGAUUUGUCUCCCUCUUGUAGCGUAGCGUAGCGUCCACCUUGGAGAAACCCCUGCUCGCAGGGUAGUAUUCAUGCUGAUUGUUUUGUCUGCAGGAAAGUGCCACGCUCCCAGUCAUACCAAGACGUAAACGGUACAACUGGAGAUUCUCAAAAUACAAGAUUGCUAUUGGAAGAAAAGGAACAAGCCUUGCUUGCCUCCCAAGAAACUGUUCAGGUACGCUAAAAUGCCCUAAACCAUAUAGGUCGAGUACUUCGCGAUCUUUUGUUCGAGAUGCAAAUUAUAAGCUUCAGAAGUUUAGGCAUAUGUAGAAACAAAAAUUUCGAAGGGUUUUGAGUUUAAAAGUGACACAGCCGUCUGGACUUUCACUUUUCGCUUUCUCUUCUCCCUUCCUCUUUAGCCUGUCUUGCCCCAUUUUUUUUCCUUUUGCUUGGCAUUUACUAGCCUUGAUUUCGGUGGGAAGAGUUUUUAGGAUCGAAGGAUUAGAUGAAUGGAAGUACAGGUGAGUAGUGGAACAAAAUUUUCGUGAAAUUUUCGGGUCAACUUUAGAAUUUUCUUUUGUUUUGCCUUUUUCUCCGACCUCCUAGACCAAAGCGUUCUCAUUCUGGAACAGUCUGAAAGAUCUCUUCGCCCUUCACAAGUUAGGUGACAAAGUUGUCCUUAAUCCUUGAAACUGAUUAGGUCGCAAGGUGCACUGGCACAGACGACUACGAGCGGUUCAGGGGCGAAUGCGUUUAGAAACAGUAACUAGUAAUUUAGUAACUGGCAUUUUAAGAUGAUAUUUGAUAAAUAAUAAUAAUAAUUGUUAUUCAUUCUUAUCAAUUUAUAACGACAAUUAAUAAUGAUCAUUGUAAUAAUUUCUUUCUAGAUUUUAAAUGUUAAAAUUCGAAGACUAGAACACUUGCUUCACCUAAAAGAUUUAAGAAUAGAUGACCUAACAAAAAGACUCCAACAAGCGACGCAGCCUCCGCCUCGACAGCUACCACCCCAACCACACCCACCUCAGCCGCCGGCUGUGGAUCCAUCAUUACCAGCUAUGCAUAUGCAUCAUCAACAACCGCUUCCACCGGUUCAUCAUACGUCUUACAGUGCGCAACAGUUACAAGAACACUAG